GCGGGAAUAUGGAUGGAUUCCGGGAGUGUAACCGUAAAGACAAUCCGUUCCCGCCGUUACGACACCCGACAGUCGAUCUGCAAGUCGAAACCAAACGACUCCUCCUAAGCCCAGGAAGGAACCCAAAAAGCUUCACAUUCUCGCUUGGACAUCGGCAGAAAUUCACACCCUUUCCCUUAGCAGUCCUUUUCAGCUCGGUCGGCGCUGACGAAUUCUGGGCAAAAAAUAAAAACUGAUUUUGCAACUCGGGGCUAAUUUAAUGAUGGACUCUCCUGAAGAUUUCGAACCCAAAUGCUUCUGCGGCAUCGACGCCAAACUCAAAAUAUCACACACGGUUCGGAAUCCGCACAGGUUGUUCUACAACUGCUCCAAAAGCUUUGACACCCAAUGCGGGUUCUUCCUCUGGGCUGAUGAGCCUGAACAGACCGGAGAAAAGCAUUUGGAUGAGCUGAACCUCAUAAGAAACGAGUGCAUUCGAUUGCAGAGGCGAGUCGAGGAGCUUCAGGAAGAAAUUGAAAACGAAAGGAGUAAAUGGGAUGAGGAGAAAUCGAAGCUGACCUCUCGUCUCUCAUUUGCCAAAGAUAAACUUCGUCAAACAGAAGAUAAUAUGAGGAUGCUGAAGGAAUCGGAUCUCAUGCCACCUACGCACUGGUCGUGCAAAGCAGACUGUGAUGAGGAGCGUGAUGCGAUAAUUAAACAUACAGUAUAGAAAACCUACGAAGUAGUGUAUCACGUGGUUUGCUAGAAAAAGGGUCGUCUUAUAUAUGAGGUACAAGUGCUUCUGUAUAACUAGUUUGGGUGUACAGAUAUUCUAGCCUUUUUUUGUGGGUUAAUGUAAUAUGUAGAGAUCAACAAACAGAAGCACAAAUCUUUAUAGGUUCUUUCGUCUAACUUAGUUAUCUCUGUGAAUAUGUUUUCAGUUUGGAGAAAUGCAAUGAAUGCCAUAGUCUCAUUAACAGUUUAACUCUCUCUUGUUUAUAUCAGUGUCUUUGUUUUAAUACUCAAUGUUCUCAGAGAAAAGG